GAGCCGGCCGGGCCGGGCGGCGCGCGGCAACAUGGCCUCCCCGCCCCACCAGCAGCUGCUGCCGCACCACGGCACCGAGGUGAGCUGCGACUCGAGCGGGGACAGCAGCAGCGUCAGGGUCAAGAUCAACCCCAAGCAGCUGGUGUCCAACAGCCACGCCAAGCACUGCAAGCACAGCAUCUCCUCCAGCUGCAGCAGCUCCGGGGACUCGGGCGGGGGUCCCCGGCGAGCGGGGGCCGGGGGCCGCCUGCGGCGGCGGAGGAAGCUGCCCCAGCUGUUCGAGAGGGCGUCCAGCCGCUGGUGGGACCCCCGCUUCGACUCGGUGAACCUGGAGGAGGCCUGCCUGGAGCGCUGCUUCCCGCAGACCCAGCGCCGCUUCCAGUGCGCGCUCUUCUACAUCGGCUUCGCCUGCCUGCUCUGGAGCGUCUACUUCGCGGUGCACAUGCGACCCAGGCUCACGGCCAUGGUCGCCCCUGCCCUGGGCUUCCUCGCCGUGUGCGUGGGCUUCUUCCUGUUUACCUUCACCAAGCUCUACGCCCGGCAUUACGUGUGGACCUCGCUGGUUCUCACCCUCCUGGUGUCCGCCCUGACCCUGGCGGCCCAGCUGCAGGUCUUGGGGCCUGACUCAGGACGUGUUGACAGCUCCAAUCACACUCCCGCGGCCAAGCCCACGGACACUUGCUUGUCUCCAGUGGGGAGCUUUUCCAUGUGCAUCCAAGUGCUCUUCCUGCUCUACACCGUCAUGCACUUACCUUUGUACCUGAGCGUGUUCCUGGGAGCAGCCUACUCCGUUCUGUUCGAGACCUUCGGCUACUAUUUCCAAAACGAAGGUUGCUUCCCCCCGCCCGGCUUGGGGGCCCCACACUUGGAGCUGCUGAGCCGGGCCCUGCUCCACGUCUGUGUCCAUGCCAUCGGCAUCCACCUGUUCGUCAUGUCCCAGGUGAGGUCCCGCAGCACCUUUCUCAAGGUGGGCCAGUCCAUCAUGCACGGGAAGGACCUGGAGGUGGAGAAAGCCCUCAAGGAGCGGAUGAUUCACUCAGUGAUGCCAAGAAUCAUCGCAGAUGACUUGAUGAGGCAGGGGGACGAGGAGAGUGAGAAUUCCAUCAAAAGGCACGCCACCUCGAGCCCCAAGAACAGGAAGAAGAAGUCGUCCAUCCAGAAGGCCCCCAUAGCCUUCCGCCCCUUCAAGAUGCAGCAGAUUGAAGAAGUCAGCAUUUUGUUCGCAGAUAUCGUGGGCUUCACCAAAAUGAGUGCCAACAAGUCUGCCCAUGCGCUGGUGGGUCUCCUGAAUGAUCUCUUUGGCCGCUUCGACCGCUUAUGUGAAGAGACCAAGUGCGAGAAGAUCAGCACCCUGGGAGACUGCUACUACUGCGUGGCGGGGUGUCCUGAGCCCCGAGCUGACCAUGCUUACUGCUGCAUCGAGAUGGGCCUGGGCAUGAUCAGAGCCAUUGAGCAGUUCUGCCAGGAGAAGAAAGAGAUGGUAAACAUGCGUGUCGGGGUACACACAGGCACUGUUCUGUGUGGCAUCUUGGGUAUGAGGAGGUUUAAGUUCGACGUGUGGUCCAACGAUGUGAACCUGGCCAAUCUCAUGGAGCAGCUGGGAGUGGCCGGCAAGGUGCACAUUUCCGAGGCCACUGCAAAAUACCUAGAUGACCGGUACGAGAUGGAAGAUGGGAAGGUCACCGAGCGCCUCGGCCAGAGCGUCGUUGCCGACCAGUUGAAAGGUUUGAAGACAUACCUGAUAGCGGGUCACAGAGCGAAGGCGACUCAUUGCAGCUGCUCAGAGGCCUGGCUUUCUGGUCCCGAGGCCACUGAUGGCUCACAGGUGUCCUCAGGCCCUAGGGGACAGGGGACAGCGUCACCAGGGAGUGUCAGUGACUUGGCACAGACUGUCAAAACCUUUGAUAACCUUAAGACCUGCCCUUCGUGUGGAAUCACGUUUGCACCCCCGUUGGACACUGGCGCAGAGGGAGGAGCGAUGCAGAACGGCUGUCAGGAGGAGCCCAGGAAUGGCACUAAGGCUUCCGGAGGAGCCAACUCCAAGUCGCAGAAUGGACUGCUGAGCCCGCCCCCGGAGGAGCGACUCACCACCAGCCAGACAUCCCUGUGUGAGAUCCUCCAGGAGAAAGGGCGCUGGGCGGGCGUGAGCCUGGACCAGUCGGCACUGCUGCCGCUGAGGUUCAAGAACAUCCGCGAGAAGACGGAUGCCCACUUCGUGGACGUCAUCAAGGAAGACAGCUUGAUGAAAGAUUACUUUUUCAAGCCGCCCAUCAGUCAGUUCAGCCUGAGUUUCCUGGACCAGGAGCUGGAGCGUGCCUACAGGACCAGCUACCAGCAGGAGGUGAUCAGAAAUGCUCCCGUGAGGACCUUUGCCAGCGCCACCUUCAGCUCCCUGCUGGACGUGCUCCUGUCCACGGUGGUGUUCCUGAUUCUCUCUGUCACCUGCUUCCUGAAGCACGGGGCCGCCGCCUCGCCCCCCCCACCUGCCGCCCUGGCCGUGUUCGGGGCCGCCCUGCUGCUGGAGCUGCUGUCUCUCGUGGUCUCUGUCAGGAUGGUGUUCUUCCCUGAGAGUGUCAUGACCUGCACCAAGCGCCUGCUGGAGUGGAUCGCAGGCUGGCUCCCUCGCCACUGCAUCGGGGCCAUCCUGGUGUCACUCCCUGCCCUGGCUGUCUACUCACAUGUCACCUCAGAGUUUGAGACAAACAUACAGCUCACCGUGUUCACGGGCUCGGCCGUCCUGAUCGCCGUAGUGCAUUACUGCAACUUCUGCCAGCUCAGCUCCUGGAUGAGGUCGGCCCUGGCCACUGCAGUUGGGGCUGUGCCCCUGCUUGCACUCUGCCUUUCCCUGUGCCCGGACAGUUCUAUAGUCAUUUCGCAUCUUGAUGCCGUUCAGAAUUUCAGCACUGAGCGGAGCCCCUGUAACAGUUCCCUGCCACGCGACAGCCGGCGGCCGGCCAGCCUCAUCGGCCAGGAGGUGAUCCUGGUCUUCUUCCUCCUGCUACUGCUCGUCUGGUUCCUGAACCGGGAAUUCGAGGUCAGCUACCGCCUCCACUACCACGGGGACGUGGAGGCCGACCUCCACCGCACCAAGAUCCAGAGCAUGCGCGACCAGGCCGACUGGCUGCUGCGGAACAUCAUCCCCUACCACGUGGCCGAGCAGCUCAAGGUCUCCCAGACCUACUCCAAGAACCACGACAACGGCGCCGUCAUCUUCGCCAGCAUCGUCAACUUCAGCGAGUUCUACGAGGAGAACUACGAGGGGGGCAAGGAGUGCUACCGCGUGCUCAACGAGCUCAUCGGCGACUUCGACGAGCUCCUGGGCCGGCCCGACUACAGCAGCAUUGAGAAGAUCAAGACCAUCGGGGCCACGUACAUGGCGGCGUCGGGACUGAACGCCACGCAGGCGGCGGAUGGCAGCCACCCACAGGAGCAGCUGCGCAGCCUCUUCGAGUUUGCCAGGGAGCUGAUGCGGGUGGUGGGCGACUUCAACAGCAACAUGCUCUGGUUCAACUUCAAGCUCAGGGUGGGCUUCAACCAUGGGCCCCUCACGGCGGGCGUCAUCGGCACCACGAAGCUGCUGUACGACAUCUGGGGGGACACGGUGAACAUAGCCAGCAGGAUGGACACGACUGGCGUGGAGUGCCGCAUCCAGGUGAGUGAGGAGAGCUAUCGGGUCCUGAGCAAGAUGGGCUACGACUUUGACUACAGAGGCACGGUGAACGUCAAGGGGAAGGGCCAAAUGAAGACCUACCUCUUCCCCAAGUGCACGGACAACGGGGGCGUGCCGCAGCACCAGCUGUCCAUCUCCCCAGACAUCCGGGUCCAGGUGGACGGCAGCAUCGGACGGUCUCCCACAGACGAGAUUGCCAACCUGGUGCCUUCCGUCCAGAGCUUGGAAAAGACACCGCUGGGUCCCGACGACAGCGCGCAGGCCAAGGACACUCAGCCCGUGUCUAAGAGACCCUGGAAGGAGCCGGCCAGGGCCGAGGAGCGCGCCCGGCUCAGCAGGGCCCUGGAGAGCAGCGACUGUGACGACGUGGGGCUGGAGGAGGCCAACGAGCUCACCCGACUCAACCUCUCCCCCCGCGUGUGAGGUGCUGGCCGCAGGGCGCGUGCUCUCGGCCACAGAUGCUCCGUAGCCCUGACUACCGUCCGGAUGGCAUCUAUUCAGGGUUCAUUUCAACCGUGGCUCCCUCCCCUGCUCCCCAGGUGUGGUGUCUGGCCGUGAGGAGAACAAGUGCCUUUCAGGGGAGCCUGGGGCCUGGGGCCUGGGGCAUCGUCUAGCUUCAACAACAAAAGCUGUGGUUAAGGAGUCACUCUCACUGCUCUUCCUCACGAGACACUUCGGUUUCCCUCCGCUGAUCAAGGGGUUGGGGCUUUUUCCCCCUUUGUACACAAUCUUGUUUUCCAAUUAUCUGACCUUCCGUGUAAACGCGCACACACGCACACACUUGCUCCAUGAAGCAGAUUAAGUGCCAGUAUCACUGAGCAGGGCGAGGCGAGGGGAUGCGGCCAAGAGCAGCGGGCCUUGGGCCCUGGGCCAUCCUUUCGUCCAUCCAGCUGCGAGCCCACUCUCACCGCGCUUACAGUGGCAAAACCUCAUGAACCAGGCCUCAGGGGGCAAAAAGAAAAGCCAUUUCUUUCCUCCCCGGCAACCAGGGGUCUCUGAGCAGGGUGCUGAUGGGGCCAUCUUGAGAGCUGACUGUACCAGGGGGAAAAGCCAAAUAAAUGCCACAGGGGUGCACUUAUUUAUUUAUUUAUUUAUCAGGAACCACGUGGGUUUCAGGGAGGGGGCGCAGGUCAUUCUGGUGAUAGGGGUCCACUGAGGGUGCCACCAUGUACCAGGGUGCUCCGGCCGCUUGGAGCCAUGUCCCAGAGCAGGGCUAUGUACCAGGGCCCUUGGCUCACCCUGAAACCAGCGCUGUGGGGGUCUGGGCUGGGGGCCGCUCCCACUCGCUCCUCCACCCGCUCUGUUCCCAGCCCAAUCAGGACAGGCCCCACUGAGCUGUCAGCCUCUCGAUGGAGUUCUUCCUCUGUUUUGUGGGGACAAUCGAGUGACCCACGGCGAGGUGCCGCCCAGGGGAAGUGCAAAUUCCCAUGGGGAAGUCACUUCCGUGGCUUCUUGGCUGCUCCAACUUGGAAUCACAUUUUUGCUGCAAGCCUGAAGAUUAGGUAAAACUGAGCUGGAACUGUCCUCGUCUCUUUCAUUUUAUGAUGGCGGGAUAUUGGGGACCCAGCUCCUCUCUCUCUCUCUCUCUCAGACCUUAGCCCACCUCCGUGCUCUGUGUGUAUUCUCGUCCGGGCAGCCGUAGGCACCGCUGUUCCCCACGCUGGCUCCAGCGUCCCCUGGCGACUCUAGACACAGUGGGCCCGGCGGGCGCGCAUUCCCAAUGCUGCUCUGCCUUCAGGGUUUUGACUGUGGGUCUUGUUGGUCUUCCAAUGCCGGUGAGCAGACGGUGACAAUACCUCUUGCUUCCAAAGAAUGUACACUCACACGAUACUGCAAACCUUUCAUUUUUGUUUUUCUCUCCAAGACACUACCUGAUGCUCUCCUCGCACGUGGGACCUGCGAGCUGCACGGGGUCUCUGUCAGUGUUAGGGUGGGUGGGCGUCUGGGGGCCCACCCCCUCGGCCCCUGGUGCCAGUCUCCGGGGCUUCCGCCACAGCUGGCCGGCCUGUGUCUUUGCUGUUUCGCUAAAAAUGUGCUCUGCACAGACUUCCUUCCCGCCAGCUCUCCCCCAUCUCCUCCGGGGCAUCCGCUCUUCGGAGACCCCAGGCAAGGAAUUCCGCCCCUCUUGGGGUCUGGCCCGACCGGUGCAGACUCAAGCCUCUGGUGGGGGCCGCUCCCCCAGCACCUGAAAAGUUCUUUCAAAACACCCGGGACAGAUGUUCCCGACAGGCCGAGCUAGCGCCUGCCCUGACGCAUACCUCAGCGCUCCGCCAUGGCCAGUUCCGCAGCAGCUGCCCGCGGAGGCCACAGCGCUCUUCAGCCAGUGGAUGUGUUCUUCAGAGGGGCAGUGCCUCUUUUGAGCAUCGGGCAGGAAGCAAUACUGCAGCAUUGAAUGUGUGUAAAUAGUCGCUCCCAGUUGCAAUGGUUACUUUCUUCUUGGCCCUGGGUCAGACCCAGUGAUCUCUCUGUAUCCGACAAGCACAGCACUGCAGCCCAUGCAGACACGUCGCACCGCAGCACCAAGCCCCCACAUAGCUUGAAGAAUCUCAGCAGUUAGGCUUCUCUGCACGGCCCCCCACAGGCCCCCUUCAACACGGCCAUGAGCUGCGCCGCACCGUGGGCUGUGACCGCGUGUCGCUCCCAAAGAGCCAUCUGUGGCCGCGUUUCUCAAUUCCCGAGGAAAGCGGCGUCUGCUGGACUUCAGGAGACGAUCAUGAGACAACAUGAAUCCGAUCGGGGGUCAGAUCAGAGCCAACAGUUUGCGUUUCCUCCCUUUGCUCUGCUCUUUUUAAAUUGUUAAUUCUAAUUUCAAAAUGCAUCCACUGAAGAAUAGACAUUA